AUGGAGGCUGCUCGAUUGGGGCACAUUGAUAUUCUAACGUUUCUACUGACGAGUGGAGCAUCUGCAAACGUGAUAAAUUUUGAGGGUCGCAAAGCUCCAUCUUGCAGUGCUUCGUCAGCAGAUCCAAGCCGUAAAGUUCUGCUUGCUUUUGAUGCAAACGUCGAAUUGGGCGAUGUCAAUGGACAAGCACCGCUUAUGGUGUCCGUCAAGCUUGGUUCUGUCGAGGUGGCCAAACUUUUGAUCGAAAGCUCUCCGAAUUCCAGUCACGCAAUGAACAAGGAAGGAGACAAUGUGCUGGGCAUCGUAGCCUAUAACGGACAAUUGGAAAUCGUUCGAUUGCUACUUAACUGUGAUCUUAAAGUAAAUUUGAGUAACGGGGGAGCUACAACACCGCUCAUGUUAGCGGCAGCACAAGGCCAUGCGGAGAUCAUCAACGCUCUACUAGACAACGGGGCUUGGAACGGCCAUACUGCGUUGACGUUUGCAGCUGAAAGCGGACAGGUGGAGGCAGCUGGGGUGUUACUAGAGGGAGGAGCUCAAAUAAAUACGCGUGGUGUUGACUUGGCGCCUUUGACGCCCGCGGUACAGAGGGAUCAUGUGGAAAUGAUAAAGCUUUUGCUAGUGCAUAGUGCAAAUGUGAACUUAAGGGACAGUGAUGGAGACUCUGCACUGCAUGAAGCAGUGUACAGUCGGUCAAGUUUGGGUAUUGACCUGGAUGCACAGAACGAGAGUGGCUGGACGCCUUCGAUGGCCGCAGCUCAACGAGACUUGGUGGAAAUCUUUGAUUUAUCGCUUCAGACGAAGGCGUUGGUAAAGAAAAGGAUGACAGAUGGACGUUUAGCGCUACAGAUUGCUGCAGAUGAAGGGAGAGUGGACAUGAUUCGCUUGCUUCUUCAACAUGGUGCACGGAUCGACGUUGUCAACAAGGCAAAGUGGACUCCGUUGAUGAUGGCUGCGAGCCGCGGACACCGACAAACCGCGAAGUUUCUUGUAAAUCAAGGGGCUAGCUUGGUGUAG